GCUGAGCUUCUUCAUUAGUACCAUUCUCAUCACUAUUGCUACUCUCUCUCUCUUUCUCUGUAAUCUCCCAUGGCGGCAAAGAGAGCACUAGUCUCUUCUCUCCCUCUCUUUCUCGUUCUCUUCUCUCUCUUCCUCUCCCAUCUCUCUCACUACCAAGUUCUCGCCGCCUCCGCCGCCGCCGAUUCCCAAUUCGAAGGCUUUGAAGCCGAUGAAGAAGCAGAAGAAGACUCACCCCUCAUUCCCGAUUCCCUCCCACUCCGUUCUCCUCCCCUGACCCAGUCCCACUCCGAACCCGACCCGAUUCCAGAUCCCACUCCAUCGGAUCCGGAACCAACCCAAACCUCGACAUCGGAUCUUUCUUCGAAGCCUUCUUCUACUACCUUCGAGUAUUGGGACGAGGACGAAUUUGAGGGACUUCCCAUCGAACAACCGCCGCCGGAGACCGCAAAGAGUACGGAGCAAGACACCGCUUCCGAUCCUACUACGGAUCCCAAAGCCUCACCGGAGACCAAGACUGUUACGGGUCCGAAGAAUUACACGAUCGAGAUUGUGUGCGGAAGCUUCUUGGUUGUGUUCGCGAUUAAUUAUUUCACCGGGAAGCGUGAGAAUGAGAACAUCGCUCUUUCCUGGGCCGGGAAAUUUGCUGUUAGGGACUCGAUUUUCGACAAGAAUUUCAGUCUUCUUGGGAUCAGUGAGGGUGAGGACGCGCCGUUGUUGCUCAAAGAGGGUCAAAAUGUGUUCAAGUUCUACGCUAGUGGAAGGAGGUAUUGCCAGGGGCUUCUGGCGACGAUGGAGUUGAAGAGUAGGCAUGAUUUGAUUGCGAGGAUGUAUAACAUGGUGGUGCCCUGUAAGGACGAGAUCACCUUCGAGGUUUAUAUGAAUGAUGAUGCCAUGGAUCAUGUGGUUUUUGCUUUGGCGAAGAAGAAGGCGGCGAAAACGAUGCAGAAGGAGGUGAGGGAUUUGCAGAAGUUUGCCAGUAUUGUUUCUCCUCCCAAUGGGAGAAAGUGGGUCGCUGAUGACUUGUCUGUUAUCUCUGAGUCGAAGGAAGUGGCUUGUGAUUUGAUCACCGAUGCAGUGCUUGAUCAGGUUUUUGGCGAGAAAGCUUUCUCAAAAUACGGAAAGGGCUUCAUAUCAAUGCAUUUUUCAGAUCAACACCUAGACACACAGAGGAAAAUGCUGCUGUUCAAGUUUGCACUCCCAGAUGUUGAAAAGAUGAGUGAUAUGACUCACCUGGUGACUUUGGUAACCUAUUAUAUCGAUCUGAUCGGGAGAUACAAGCUUAGCGCACAGGCUCGGUCUAAAACAGAUGCAACAAGAGCGAAAGCAGCUCAAGAGGCGUACAAAGAACUUCAAAAUGCCAGGCAAGAAGCUCUGCAGAGAAAGAAGCUUGAGAGGAGAAAACAGAUGGAAGAAGCCGAGGCGAAACUCAGUGCAGAGGCCAUUAGAAAGAAGGAAGCUAAACGUCAGGCGAAGAAGUCGAUGCCUAGAGUUAAGAUGACCCGUGGUCACUAGUAACAUGCUGCAAGCAUCAAAUGAUCAAACUUUGAUUAUUUUGUGUUAGUUUUUUCUGGUAUUGUUAUAGUUUGGAUCAUAAUUUUUUUGGUCUCAUCUCCCCAUAAUACACUCACGGCCUUUGUAUUUUAUCUUGCACUACUUAGUAGUUUCUAACUUUACAAAAUUUUAUGUGGGUUUUUUGUAGUACAAAAAAUCAAAUGCCUGCUUUUCUAUUUUAGUUGCCAACAAUUUUUGGAGUGGCGGAUCCAACUCCAAGUAGGGCUAAUGAGAGAAAUGGAAUGAGGCUUUUCUUAAUACAAUCCAUAAUUAUAAAUAAGCAGAGCUCUUUUGUUUUUUUA